ACGCAUUCGCAUUUCGCAUUCCGUUUUUUGUGGACGCAUUUUAUACACUUGUCUUUUGAAAAAAGCUAAUACUCUUGAGUUCAGCUUAAUUUUCAUCGUUUGAAUCCUCAUUACUAAUAUAUUACUUCGAGUUCCUUUUCUGUUUACGUGGAACUAUAAAUAAUAAGAUGGCUACAGAAGUGAGUUCAGCACCCCUUCCGCAAUUGCAGUCCGUACAGAAGGCAAUGUCGAUACCAUCAGUUGAAGCAGCAGUGGGUCAAGUUGGGGCACUUUACACAAGAGUAAAAGGAGCACACUCGCUGUUAGAAUGGGCAUUAUCAACAGCAGAGGCCAGUGUUACACUUGCUGCUUCAACCGCUGCACCAUUUGUAGCUGCACCUCUUGCAGCUGGAGACGCCAGGAUGGUUGCAGCUCUUGAUGCACUAGAAAAAAAAGUGCCAAUUGUUACAGAACAACCUAAAGUCAUUGUGGAAACAACGAAGCAAGCAGUUUUGUCACGAAUCACACCUCAGUUAAAUAAGUUGCCUUCACAGGUGUACGGUGCUCGGGCGGCCGCCGGCCAGCGGGUGCAGUCCCUCAAGGAGUUGACCUGGGCUAAAGCCAACACCUUGCUGUCCACCGCGUACGGGCAGAAGGCGCUGAGCAGCGUGGACAGUGGGGCACUGUACGCCAUGAAACUGUUGGAUCAUUACCUGCCGCCCACCCAGGAGGAGACUAAUGCUGUGUGCACCGACAUCGUGGCUGCGGAGAGCGACCCCACUCUACACACGGUGCAGACCGUGGGGCGGCUCAGUGCCGUGGCAGCUCGCCGUGUGUGGGCCAACCUGGCGAACAAGGUCAACGAGCUGAGGAGUUCUGGUAUAGAGUUAGACGUCCGUCGCUACAUUACGGCGCUGAUGGCCGCUCUUCACCUCGCCAAGGUGACCAGCGACCAGCACCAGAACGAACAGGCGCCGCAGCAGACCAAACAGAAAUCGGCGGAACCGACCUUCCAGAAGAGUCCCCCCACGAACGUCAAAAAAGAAACCCCCUCUACCACCGAGGUGGUAAAGACAUCGCCUGAAGCCAAAUCUAACGGCCAGCAGUGAACAUAUUUCAUAAUUUUUUAUUUAUUGUCACCUAAGUUUUUUCUUAUUAAUUAUUAUAAAUAUUAUGUAAAGGAUUUUAUAACGUGUACCGUCAAGAAUUUAAAAUUUUAAUUAAAUUCAGAGAAGGGGAAUUAAACUAAACAGUGGCCUCGUAAGAAACUGUCUUCUUCACGUGAGAUAGCAUGCAAGUGAUAUAGCAACAACCGCCAUUUUGAAUUCCCAUAAAAUUUUAAUAUGGAGGAAUGAUGGAGAGAGUUUAUAUUUUAGAAAUAUUUUUAAUAUUAAGUAUAAUCUACCACAAUAAGGAUAUUGUAUGAUAGUAUCUAUAUUGUUCUGGUGAUUUUGAUAUAAAUUUAUAUAGUAUGGAGAUGUACCGACUCUCAUGAAUAAAGACUGACGGUUCUUUUAUGCUUUUCAGUGAAAUAUAUUAUUAUGUGAUCUUGAAAUAAAGCUUUAUAAUAUUA